AAAAUUUCUGCCGGCAUGAACAAACGCUUCAAAUCGUUUGGCUCUCUUCUCUCUAUAAAAAAAAAUCGGAAAAGUGAGAGAAUUUCCUUCGUGUUUUCUGUUGAUAUUUCGGUCGGACGCAGGAUAAUUAGUGCUUAAAAAACUUACGAGGAUUACAACAUUCAUUCAAGCCACCACUGAAUGUAAUUGAAAAGCAAUAAUGGAUCUUUUGUAUACCACUCAUCGGAGAGCCCACUCAGGAAUUUCCUCCUUCACCGAAACACAGCAAAACUUUGAACUGUUCUGUACGACUUCCACCUGCAAUGUGUUGGCUUUUACUACGAACAACGAACUCACGGAACCUUCUCCGAUUCAGGGUUGGGGCUUCCAUAUCUACGUGGCAGAUCUGAACACGCCCUGGUUCCCCUACAAGGUGGCAUCCAAUAAGUACCCGGUUACUGUUCUCCAAUGGGAUGUCCAAGGUCGUUUUCUGCUUGUGGGCGAUAGAAACGGAAACGUGCAAAUCUAUGCCCAGAAGGACCAUCUUCUGUCGGAAUGGAAGCCGGUGUACAGUGUACGUUUUCCGGGAGAAAAUAUUUUAGCGGCAGUAUUCUUCCACAAUGGGCGGAAAAUGAGUUUGCAGACAGAGAAAAAGGACCAGUUUUUAUAUUUGGAAAAGUUCCAGAAAUCGAAAUUUGUUUCCAGCGUACGCCAGUUUGGCGGCGUUCCGGUUGAAGGAGUUUUGAUUGUGACGGCAACCGGAAUGUUGGGAGCAUUUAUCAUUCCUUCGGAGUCGAAUGCCAAUAUUCAGAAGCUUCAGGAACCCAUGAAGCUUACCCCGGUAACGGAAAGCUUGGGGGUGACGAGGAAUUUUUACACAUCUGCCGACAUUUGCUACUCGAAAGCCGGCCAUUUUAUGAUAGCCGUAGGUAAUGGAGACACCCGGUCAGCUAAUUCUAGCAUGGUUCUGUGUUUCCGUGUAACGGUGAAAAAGAUUGACGAAAGCCUAGAAAUUAAUAGCUCGGCACUGCCUAGCUUUUUCGUAUCCGAAGGAUUCGGAAAAGAUCUAAAAGAGCUACGGGUUGCUCACGUUCGCUGGGCAUUCGAUGAAGAUCCCGAUUCUUUGAUCGUGGCUUCCAAUCACUCUGGUGGAGGUUCAUUCGUGGAGCACUGGGAACUGACCGAGGAAACCACUCCCAUCCAUAAACUGUUCCAGGGUACUAAAAGUGAACCUUUCAAAACAUUACUUUGGGUUAGUAAAAACCAGUAUCGUUACAAUACGAAAGUGGUUAAAAUAGCGACGACUCGAUUGAAUUUCCUUAACAAUUCAUUUGUAUACUUGUCCAUGAGCGACAAUAGCGUUCACUGUUUGCAAAAGGAAAUGUUCAAACGGAUUGCUUGCACGAACAUUGUUUCAAUCCGGGAUCCAAAUGAUCAUUCGAAUAAACAGAUUCGACUAGGAGUGAAAAUUGGAGCCAUCGUGGUUUCCUAUUUGGGACAUCUUUUCGUGGCACUGGACACUUUCGGGCAGCUUUACGUUUACCGUUGUUCAUUUAUGUGUCAGGAUCAACUUGGAACCCCUGCAUUGAUUGUUCAGACAGUUAAUCUGCUAGAAUAUUGCCUGGUAACUGGAUUAGAUUGUCUAGAUAUUUUGCUCACGCUGAAGACUCAAAUUUUGGAAAACAUACUGGAGCGGUUGACGGAAAAUUUCCAUCGGCAACCAUCGAAUGUGCAGCAGUACUAUUACGUCAACUUUCUCACAAUGAAGAUCGCUUUAUAUCGACUGUCAAUACCGGGUCAACAAAAAGCUCAUGAUUUAUCAAAUCUCUUAAUUUUGCACUCGAUACUGGUAGCCUUCAAAAGCUUGCUCCGUCCUUCAGAUCUUACCUCUCAUGACAAGGGUCCUGCGGAGAAUUUGGCAAUGGUUCUUUCGGAAUCGGUUCCCGAUGUUGAUAAAGUUCUCCUAAAUCUGGAAGCCAAAGAUUUCACCGUGGAACGACCAACACUGCAAAGUUUACAGCAGCUCAUUCAGUGGGUAGCUGAUCUAGCAUUGAACAUACUGGCCAAGCUACCGGAAAACCGAUCAUUCAUGUCAAACAAAUCUCAAGGCUACGACAUCAGCAAAGAUAUCAUCGCUCUAAACAGCAUUCGAGAACUUCUCGUUAUGAUUCGCAUCUGGGGACUGCUCAAUCCGCAAUGCCUUCCGGUUUUUUCUCGUUCGGCAGAUAACCUGGACAUCCUGUUGACAUUGUUCAGACUGUUAACUAAACUUUCGCUCAAUCCCAACGAACCGGACGACCUGCUGCUGGACGAGUGCUGUCUGCUACCCAAUCAAGUUCUAAUUCCCCAGCUACAAUUCGUACCAUCUCGAACCAUGAUUGCUUCCCCGCUUCUGCCACACGUUAACCUUCCAGUAAUGUGCGAAUAUGGAGUAGAAAAUGAAUCCCUUAAGUUCUGUCCCGAGGUUCCGAUUGUGGAGGGUGGCCUCUCGAAUGACAACGUAAUUGAUUCGGUAAUGUAUCUGCAGCUCGGCCGAAGACCACCCUCCCUGCGUCGCUGUACCCGAUGCGGAUCGUGCAGCAGUGUAGUAAGUGUGGCCAAAACGGCCGCCAUGAAAGCGUGGGAACAACGUUGGAUAGACAAAUGUCGAUGCAACGGGUUCUGGCGAUUGGAGGUGUCUUAAGCACCGCAAUCCGAAAAAUUACUAUAACUUAAAGGGACAGAACUGGUGAGAUAUCACUUUUUAACGGCAAAAAUAACUGAUGUAUGCUUACUCGAGCAACGUGAAUAACUACCAGGAAAGUUUAUUCAUAAUCUUUUUUUUUUUUUAUAUUUUCACUUCAUUUUACGCUGCGCUUCACAGUUGAAUACGAAUUGGAAUAAGUGUGUGUCCUGUAUAGAGGUUAUCGUAAAUCAAUAAUAUAUUAAUUUUAUAAUAUUUCUGUAUCGUAAAAAUGCCCCCAGUUCAAA